AUGGUCUCCUUUGCCACAACUGCACGAAACCCGGCGCUACCGGUUACGCCUUCGCUCCCGCGAUCGAAAAUGCUGCCGGCUUCCUCGCCAGUCCCGAUUCUCAAAACCUCUAAAUCCGCUGCCAUGGCUGCAGGCACGAAACGCAAAAUGAGCGACGCGGAGCUCACUCUCUCCCCGUCCUCCUCCCAAGCCGACGACUUGACCGAAGAGCUUCCUCCCACCAAGAAGCGCGCCCGCGUUCAGUUCGAUCAUGACGUGAAGUUGCACGAUGCCGGUUCGUCAGAGAAGAGCUUGGCGGUUAUUCGAGAGGAGGUUCGCGGAGCUAUCCAUCGACACGUCGCCAUGUCAGAAAGUGAGGCCUACGAUCGAAUCAAGGGAAUUUUUUCCGCCGAUCCCAAACAGAAAGGUGAAGACAGUCUACUUGCAUAUGAUAUGCCAACACACGCUUCCUUGAGGAACCACCUCCUCGGUCUGCUCUCACAUGUCGCCUCAUUGGACCGAUCUUGUAGCGGGCUGGUUCACGCUAUUAUCAACAGCGAGUGGCUCGGACGGGACGAGUCUUACGUGAAGUUGUAUAUCCGGUUCCUAGGCAACCUUUCCGCCGCACAGGGUACUUUCCUCGGUCCUGUCUUGAAAAUGCUGGCCACCAACCUGGGAAGUGUCCCUCGAGCACACGGUCGACUGCCCGAUUACGCUGUGGUUCCAUCGUCAGAAAUUCACACCCGCGUCCACAUGGCACUGCGCCAUGUGCUCCGUCUCAUCCCAGCCGGCAGUGGCUCUCUAUCCCCCAUCCUUUCGAGCCAGUUCCCCGUCGACUCAGACCCCGCCAGCGCGAGCAUUGCCUACACCCGCAAUCUCAUCCAAAUCAUCAAAUAUGCCCCAGAGCUUCAGUCCGACAUCCUAGCUCUAGUUACCGAAAAGCUUGUUAAGGUUGAUGUUCAAAUCCAGGUCGAUAUGGAGGACUUUGAAGAGGAGGUCGGCGAUGAUCUCUUGCAGGACAUUGAUGACGAUCAAGACGAUGAUGCCUCGGUUGCUAGUGAUGAUUCCGAGGAGGACGAUAGCAAGGACGCCAAGAAGAUCAAGGAAAACAUUCUCAAAGUGGAUGGAAUGAUUGACAUCCUUUUUGAAUACUUUGCGCCGCCGUUCGCCUCGGGCAGCCUGGAUGACCAGGAGAACGCCCUGGACCUGCUCCUCAGCCAUUUCCAAACAAUCAUCCUACCCACCUACCGAUCUCGCCACUCCCAGUUCCUUUUGUUCCAUUUCUCCCAAGCCUCACCCGUACUCGUCGAUCGCUUCGCCUCCACAUUCGUGCAGCUGAUCUUCAACAAACUGCAACCCGGCAUCCUGCGUCAGUCCGCAGCUGCAUACUUGGCCAGCUUUGUUGCCCGUGGUGCUCAUAUCUCUGGAGAGGUGGUCCGUGAUGUCUUCGAUCUUCUUCUCACACACCUCAACAGCCUGCGCAUGGACUACGAGGACGCCUGCCGUGGUCCGGAUCUCCGUCGCUACGGACCUUUCUACUCCACUGCCCAGGCUCUUCUGUACAUCUUCUGCUUCCGUUGGCGCGACCUGACGACCGCCGCUAUUGACGGUGACACUGCAGAUCAGGUGGAUGAGCUCGAGCCAGGCCAGAUCGCCUUCCCUCCUAAUAUCAAAGAAUUCCUUCACAAGUCCAUCUACUCGCGAUUGAAUCCGCUCAAGGUGUGCUCUCCGGCCAUCGUUGCCGAGUUCGCUCGCAUCGCCCACCACUUCCAAUUCCUCUAUGUCUACCCUCUCCUUGAGACCAACAAGCGCGUUCGCAUCACUGCGUUCAGAAGCAUCUCUACUCUCGCAGACUCCCGCUUCAAUCACGUCGGUCGUGAGAUCCGCGCCGGCGAUAACAGUGGCUACCAACUGGAUGCAUACUUCCCCUUCGAUCCCUACCAGCUUCCACGCAGUCGUCGCUGGUUGGAAGGCGACUAUGUCGAGUGGCGCGGCAUUCCAGGUCUUGACGACGCAGACGAUUCGGACAGCGGAGCUGACGAGUCUGACGAUGAAGAUGGCGAAGGUGCCACCGAGACCGAUGAGGAGUGA